AAAGAACUCAUCAACAGCCAACCAUCGAAACUUGUUGUACAUAUUUCACCUUGGACUCCUUUUUCUUCACUUUUUUCUUUUUUUUUGUUCUUCUUCUUUAUUCUUUUUAUGACAAUAAUCAAUUCUACUAUGGCAUCACCUUCACCACAAAGGAGAUUGUUAGCCAAAUUCCCUCAUAAUAAACACAUCAACUCUCCUAUCAUGUCUCCUGGUAAUCGUCGUCGAAAAGAUGUCGGGGAUUACUGGUUAGGUAAAACAUUAGGCAGAGGUUCUUCAGGUCGUGUAAAAGUUGGUAUUCAUAAAGUCACAGGUGAAAAAGUGGCCAUCAAAAUCAUAUCCAAAUCCCAUCUAGCAGCGAACGCCUCUGUAGAAAAGGCUGUCAAAAGAGAAAUAGCUGUCAUGAAACUCAUUAGCCAUCCUAAUAUCAUGAGUUUGCUCGAUGUUGUUGACUUAUCUGAUUCACCUAACCUGUAUUUGGUAUUGGAAUAUGUGCAGGGCGGAGAAUUAUUCGAAUACCUUGUCUCUCAGGGCAGGCUCUCUGAAGCAGAAGCAAGAAAGUACUUUCAGCAAAUUAUCAUAGGUUUAGACUAUUGCCAUCGUCACUUGAUCUGUCAUCGAGAUUUAAAGCCAGAAAACUUAUUGUUGGAUCGAGAAAAGAACAUUAAGAUUGCAGAUUUCGGUAUGGCUUCGUUACAACCAACAGGCUCAUUGUUAGAGACGAGUUGCGGAUCGCCACAUUAUGCAAGCCCAGAGAUUGUAAAUGGCAUUCCGUAUGAUGGCUCAGCUUCAGACAUUUGGUCUUGUGGUAUUAUUUUAUAUGCAUUGUUAAGCGGAUAUUUGCCAUUUGAUGAUGAUAACAUACGGCAACUAUUAAACAAGGUCAAGGUUGGAAAAUACAAGAUACCAGACCACAUCUCAGACGAAGCAAGAGACUUGAUUACUAAGAUUUUAGUGAUCAACCCCUCCAAAAGACUCACUAUGAAACAAGUACAAUCACAUCCUUGGUUUAUCAUUGAUCCACCACCCAAUUUGACAACAUUGCCUGAUCCACCAACAGCAAAAGAAAUUGGCAGACCAGUGGCCAGUGUUUCAGAAAUUGAUGAUCGUAUCUUGGAGACACUCAAAGUGUUAUGGACUGAUUUAUCUACUGAACAAGUCGUUCAUGCUCUAUUAAAUUCUGAAUACAACAUGCAAAAAGUUACUUAUGUCUUAUUACAACGGCAUGCCAAUUCAUACUGGCAAGAAGAAAGAGACGAUGAUAUUCGUUCUGUUUCUUCACCUGCUAAACGACGUCGUCCAGCAACUAUAUGUGCAGUCUCACAAGGAAAAGAACCAUUCCCAGGUCUAAAUGAGAUGAUGGCCAAAUUAGCAGAACGUGAAAAAAUCUCCAAUGCUCCUCAAAUCGUGCCUGGAAUUCAACCUCAACGUUUAACUUCGCCUUCUUCGAGUGAUGCUACUUUAAAGCCAACUAUUUCUUCAUCAGAAUACGAUGAUUCCCCUCCUCCCCCAGUACCGCCAAAGCCCAUUAUCAUUCGUGCAGAUCAAGUACAACCUCAAAAUCAAUGGCAAUUUACGCCUGUUCAACAACGUCGACAGAGUUUAUGGCAUACACCAUUGACAAGCAGACCAAACGCAAACCGAUUUUCGUCGAAUAGACAAGAACAAGCUUAUAGUAAUUCGCCUGUAUCUCCUUUCAACCCAUACUACAAUGUACUGUCUCAACCACCUCCACAACCACAACAGCAUAUGAGUGUUAACCAUAUGUUAUCUCCUCGAACACCUGCUAGUAGUGUACUUCAUCAGCAAAACCAUCAUCAUUCUUAUAAGCAGCAGCAGCAUCAAUAUCUUCCUCAACAAGACUCUAAAUUGAAUCGAUUUAUGAACAUGUGGCAGCGCAACCAUAGAGUCGACCCCACUCCACCACCUUCUCAGCAUACAUUUCGAUUGUCGAUGCCUCCAUCUCCUCAGCAAAAAUCUUUUUGUUUUGAUAGGAAAGCACUUGAAUCAAGCUCAUCUGUUUGGAAAGAUCCUUCUGUUCAGACCCCUUUAUUAUAUCAUGAACAGUCUUCUACACCUAAGCAAAAGAGAUCUUCAUUUGUUAUGCGUUCACCACAACAUCAAGCUCCCUCUCGGGUUCCACAUCAAGAGCCCCCAAUGGAAAGUCCUAAAUUGACAUCAUGGCUGCCUGGUUUAUUUCAUUUUAAACAGCCUAAAGUAUGUUCAUUAGAAUGUGAGGCAAGAGACGAACGAGAAGCUAUUGGAAAGCUGUCGCAAGUGUUACAAGAAUAUAUGGAAGGAUAUGUUACUGAAAGACAGGAUCCAGAUGGUAGAAUCAGAAGAAAAGGAGAAAUGAAGCUACCACAUCAACUGAAACCAGUAUUACUAAAAUUUAAGCUUGAGAUUUACCAACUUCAAACAAACCAAAAAAGGCGAGUUUAUCGCAUUAACUUUAUUCAACAACAAGGUGAUGCCAUGGCACUUGCAGCAGCUGUUAAACUAGUAGAUAAAACACUCCAAACAUAUGAGCAUGAGGCCGAAUUGGUCGCUACAGCUAAUGGUUGGAACAUUCGCAACAACAACAUUAUCAUGUGAAAGUAGAUACAAAGUAAAUAAAAUAUACCACAUUCUCG